GUUCCGGCGCCAGGAGGAUCCGCGCGCUGCUGCUCCUUCUGCUGCCGCCGCCGUCUCCGCCGCGGUCUGUCAGCGCCCGCUCGCUUCUUCAGUGCCCGGUUUCUUCGGACCCAUCGCCGCUUCUACACGCCGCUGCGGGCUCGGAUCUUGCCGGGAAAAUGUCUGAAGAAUUUUCAUUGGCAGAUGCGCUACCUGACCACUCCCCUGCCAAAACCUCUGCUGUGAGCAAUACAAAGCCUGGCCAACCUCCACAAGGCUGGCCAGGGUCCAACCCUUGGAACAACCCAAGUGCUCCACCUUCUGUGCCAUCUGGACUCCCACCAAGUGCAACACCCUCCACUGUGCCUUUUGGACCAGCACCAACAGGAAUGUAUCCCUCUGUGCCUCCCACCGGACCACCUCCAGGACCCCCUGCACCCUUUCCUCAUUCUGGACCAUCAUGCCCCCCUCCCAGUGGUCCUUAUCCAGCCCCAGCUGUGCCAGGGCCUGGCCCUGCAGGGCCAUAUCCUACACCAAAUAUGCCCUUUCCAGAGCUUCCAAGACCGUAUGGUGCACCCACAGAUCCAUCUGCAGCUGGUCCUUUAGGUCCGUGGGGAUCGAUGUCUUCUGGACCAUGGGCACCAGGAAUAGGCAGCCAGUACCCUACCCCUAACAUGCCCUAUCCAUCUCCAGGGCCAUAUCCUGCUCCUCCUCCCCAGGCACCAGGGACAGCACCACCUGUUCCAUGGGGCACUGUGCCACCAGGAGCCUGGGGACCACCAGCACCAUAUCCUGGCCCUGCAGGGUCAUAUCCCACACCAGGACUCUAUCCCACUCCAAAUAAUCCUUUCCAAGUGCCUUCAGGACCUUCUGGUGCUCCACCGAUGCCUGGCGGCCCCCAUUCUUACCAUUAAGUUAACAGUGGAUGAAGAGAUGACGCUUUGCUUUUUGAAGUACAUAUAUAUGCAUGUGAGUGCAUAUAUAAAAAUUGCUGGUUUCACUAUUAGAGGGCAUUCAUGAGAGAACAACCUUGCACUUCUCAGAGAAGAUAUCUGCCUCUUGUACUUGGAUCAUAGUACAUCAGAUGGAUACAGUCAGUCAAAAAUGUAAAAGUAAAUCAUAUGUAAUUUUUAAUUUGGUUUUUAUGAAAAGUUAAAGUGAUUAAGUAUAUUGAUAGCGCUUUGAUAUUACUUGUUUAAAACGAUUCUUUGACUUGUUUAAAUUAUGAAAUUACACAAAAUCUAAGGUGAUAUGGAUUAUUGUUAAAAUCUGGAACUUGAUUGGGAAAUUAUUUGAAGUAUUUUUCUAUAAUUACUGUUCCCUAAAUAAACACACUUGAAAACAAUCAUAUUGUCAUAAUUUAAACAAAUGAUGCCUCUCAACAUCUUGAGCUGCUUUAACUGUAGGAUAAAUAAACGUGGCCCUUUUGAGGUUAAUUUUGAAUAUACAUUUUUAAAUUCUUGGUGAUUAUUGUGAGAUGAUGCCUUCAUUAGCCCAAGCAAUGUUCGUUUUUAUCUUUGAGGUUUUAGUAAAAGCCUUUUUUGUUUAUUUUGAGUUCUACCUAACUUGUUUUAUAGUUAGCAGGAUGGGUCAUACAGCUCUAAAAUCUGCCAUUUAUGAAAAAAAACGUUUUUCUUUUUAAUACAGGCCGUCAAGUAUAUAAAUUAUAUUCUCAGAGGUUGCUUUAGAACAGAUUACGAGAUGUGCAUAUAGCUUUGGAGGAGCUCACAGAGGGACUUCUCUCCUUUGUCUUGAAUCUGAAACUAGAGGAACCCUGGGAAUUGCUUCAAGUAAUUUGCAUUCCCGCAAACACCACGCAGACCAUCCUCUGCAGACCCUCCUCUGUAGACCCGCUCCUUCCUUCUUUAGAAGAAAUACAUCCCUAAUUUCUCUCCCUGGUUCUGAAAACUGGCACACUCUAGGGAGUCUCAUAAACACAUGGCGCAGUUAUGUUUGGAGAACCUUAGUCAUACAGCCAUGACUGCUCUCUUUGUACAGUGCCAUCAAAGUAUGCAUCACAGUCUGGUCAGGCUGUGUCAUUGUCCCCUGCAGAGUUUCCUGAGUGUCGGAAAGUUCAGUUCUGUUUGUUGACAGGUAAAUAAGUAGUAUUGAGUGCCUCCUUAAAAAUUAUUCUCCAACACUGAAAACAGUAGUGUAGAUUUUUGCAAUUACUUAAUUCAGUGUUGUUUGUAACCACCAAAAUAGCCCAAGUGCUUCUUGGCCCCUUAUCUUUAAAUCCAACUUAGGUUUGGAAUAGAACUGACCACAUUAUUUGUUAAAUAACAUUUAACUUUGAACGUAUGCAUUUGUGUUACAAAAUAUAUUACUAUUACUAAUUUCUUGACCAGUAUGAGAGAGAUUUAUCCUAGCACUCUUGUUUUUGCAGGGAAAUAAAAGAUGUAGUGGUUUAUUUUUCUUAGAGUUAAAAUGUCAGUGUCAAAUGCUACCAACUUAAUGGUUUGAUAGCUACCUCCUUUUAAGAAAGUGAGAUGGUCACCCUUGAAAGGAACCUUGUUUUUAAGCUUCCCUUUAACUAGAUGGUAAAUUCAAAUUUUCAGAAUUGAAACUUUUUGUUUAGGUAUUUUCGUACUGGGCAGUGUUGUUAGACACAUCUUCUGUAAUGGCACAAGUGGUCUUUUUUCUUUUUUCUCCCUUGCCAAGGAAGGCGGGGCAGCUGUCUACAAUUUUCUUGAAAUCUGUCAUCAAAGCAGCCUCCAGUUUAAAAGGCAGGAAAUCUUAAGGUAUCAUAAUUUAAAUUGCCCACCAGUAUCGAAACAUCAGCUUUCUCUAAGGGCUAAUAUGAUAGGAAAAGUGAUGGCAGCAAAGAUCUCUCUGCUGUGGUUAUUUCAGUUGCCCUCUGUUGGGAUAAGUUGACUACUCAGGCUUUAGAAGAAUUGUAACACUACAGAAAAUAAUGUUUAACUAAAGGAGAGUUAGCCAGUUUAGGAAUCUGUAAUUAUGGAGUCCAUUGAUUUUCAGAGAAAAUCUUUUGCCAAAGGACUUAUGAACAUAGAAUUUGAAAUUACUCCACCGAGUGAGUUUAUUGACUGUGAACUGUCCCUUACCUCAGCAUGCCCCAGAUGAUGCUAUUCUGACUUUCACUUUUCUUUGCUUCUCAAGGACUUUUCUAUUGAUAGUUGGGAUUUUUUUUUUUAUGUAAGACUGGAAAUUGAGGGGAAAUAGAAUUUGAUUUUAUAUUCCUUUUAAUUCUUUAGGUUAUCAUUUCUCAAAUAAAUUAGAGGUGGAAGGAGUCUCAGUUCUUGGUAUGCUAGGUCAAAACAGCAUUAUUAGGUUCAGAUUGGAGCCAAGAAAGAUAGAAAUUGUUUCAUUGGAAGCCUAGGGGAAACCGACAAAGGUUAUUUUCUCCUUACAAGGAAAUGUUUCUUUCAAAACAAGUCAUGCUAGGCUGAGAUUGGCUUAUGGAAGACAUUGUUAGGGAAUCUGCUGGGUUCUGAGGGGAUGAAAAGUCUGGAAUUUGUUGGCACUUGGACUUUCUGGGCAAAAUGUUUAAAAUAAAAUUGAUGAAGAUAGUUGAGAUAAGUUAAGAAGUAAUGUUUAUGGUAUUAGACUUUUAGAUGAAUACUGAACCACGAAACCAAGACCUUAGGGCCUCAUUUGCACACUCAGUUGUCAAUAAGCAGUGUCCUUUAAGAAGUGCUUAAAGUACUUUGGCUUGUCUAUCUAGACUCAGUCUGACACCUUUUCGUGCUUUUGAAGAUGGCUGUUUGUAGCUCUUACCUCACAGCCCUGUUCGUGUGUAUAAUGUAUGAGUUUUUCAGGAACAUAUAGUACAUAGUUUAAUUGUCCAAGGGCCUCCUUAUAUCACCUUUGCUGUUUAUUGUUUCAGUAGAGAAUAACAGCACAGAGAAAAAGGGAUGAAUAUUUGGCCUUGACUGGUCACACCACUGUAGUGGAUGAUUGGAAUGUUUUAUAGGAAAGAAGUCAGUUUUGUCAAUCAUAUUGUACCUCACAGAUAAUUAAUGCUACCUGUUGUACUCAAAUGCACAGCUUUUGAAGCUUUUGUGUAGAUGAAAAAUAAUGCUACGCAGUUUCCAUUAAAAUGCUGUGCCUAGUUUGCAUAAAAAUCAGUUGCCAACACUUGUAUGUCAUUAGUGCCAAUGUCUUUCUUCCUCACCUGGAAUAAUCUAGUGCUAACUUUAUAGAAUGUCAGGGUUAGGAACCCUGGAAAUUAAACACAGACCUCCAAGUGUUUAAGUUUUUGAAAACCAUAAGGCUAAAUUCAGAUGAAUCACACUGAUACACUGUACUGUGCAGAGAAAGUGGUGGAAGGCUUUCUGGGAAGUCUACGAUUAAAGCUUAAUAAGCAAUAUUAUAGUGUUCGAGACAGACAAUAUUCUUUUCAUUUUCAGAAUUCUGCCAAGUAAAACAAAAAUUGCCAGUAAAGUAGUAGUAGAGAAGUGCCAGGCAAGCUCUGGCCAUAGAAACUGUAUGAGGAAGGCAUUCACUUCACAGACACUGUCCUGACCCCGGUGCUCUGCCCCAUGCCAGAGACGAAGACGAGAGGGAAGGCCUGUCCUGGAGAGGCUCGCAGCUGGCGGUGGCUUGCAGAAUUCCUUACUAGUUUACCUAGUAUUGCUGCUGGUAGAAAUUAUAGGCCAGCUUUGGGCAUUUAUGGGGCAAAGUAUGGUGUACCUAAAUUAAUGUUUUUCAAGAAUAUAGUGUUUGUCAGUGCAACAGUUCAAGUCUGCAAAGCAAUGGAUAUUUUUCCCUCUACUUUUCCCCUGGAUAAAGGCAGUCUCACUGCCUGUCACUGUUUAGCAGAUACUGAUUUGUUGCCAUUAAGUAAACUUGACUUUUAUGUGUGUUCUAUAAAAGUAUUUUGCAUUUUUUCUUGG